GCGGCGUGGUAAACGAGUGCACUGGAAAUGCGUAGACUUGCUUCGGAAAGGCAUCGCCGCAGAGCACUGCUGGAAUCGAACCUCUGACCUGUUGGCGCAACUUGGGGAAACCGCGGCUCGAGCGUUGAAGUGUUUGACGUCUGCCGCCGGCCGGCGGAAUGUGUGAUUUCGGAAUACCGGUCAAACGAGCACGCUACCUGGUACUAACGUGUGUACCGUUUGUGUAGUUAGCGACCGUGCGCGAGAAUUAGACCUGGUGUACCGGUUUAUACCACGACUCGGCCAAGAAGCUUCAGCGAGACUCAAGUCAAGUUUUGGACUGAUUUUGUCUCUACUACAUUUCGUACCGAGUGCAGUCGCGGUGGCGCGUCGAAUCGCGGGAACCACUUGGUUGACUGCGUGUCCCAUAGCGUUAUUGGCUUGAUUUCUUAGCGCCCAUUCCUAGCCGUCACGCUAAAGUCAGCUUCACGCUAAAGUGGAGUGAAACAGUUUCGUCGCUCAUUUUCCAAACUACCUCUAGACGGCUUGCAGGCAUCUUCCGAGCGCCACGGCAGCUUACAGAAGACUUCUAGACGUCUCUAGAAGACUUACAAACAUCUUCCGAGCCUCAAGGCAGCUUCCAGAAGACUUCUAGACGUCUCUAGACGACUUAGACAUCUUCCGAGCGCCACUGCAGCUUGCAGAAGACUUCUAGAGGACUUGUAGACAUCAUCCGUGUGCCACGGUAACGUCCAGAAGACUUCUAGACGUCUCGCAGCAGACGACAUUCCGCGAGUGCCGCAGUGCAUUUUCACACGACUUGCCGAUCCAGGCGGCACUUCAAUAAGACGCGACGCUCGCGCCUUAACGCUGUACUUAUCCAAGGGAAAUUUUUUAGCGUCUGCUUGAUGAAAGAACAGCUUACGUCCGCUGAGAAGAUGGACGCCAAGGAGGCGGCGUUCUGGAGCAGCUACACCGCCGUGGCAACGCCCAACAUCCAGGAGGAGAUCUUCGUCCAACAUUCGGCGCCCAGUAGAGCAUGGUUCAGCAAGACCGAGUCCACCGGUCUGCCUCCAAUCACCAGGAAGCAGUGGCUCAUCAUCGUGCUCAUAUACUCUGGCAACUUCUGCGCCGCCAUGAGCUUCUCGCUGCAGGCGCCGUUCUUCCCAAAGCAGGCAACCGACAAAGGAGCCACCCCGACAGAGUACGGACUCAUCUUCUCGUCCUUCUACUUCACCAUCUUCCUCAUUGCUCCCGCUUACGGAAAACUGGUAGCCAUAGUGAGUCCUAACAUCAUGCUAAACGGAGGGUUCAGUCUUACCUGCCUCUGCGUCGUGCUCUUCGGCUUCAUCAACCAUGCUCCAGCCGGUGCUACGUUCGUGGCACUGGCGUUUCUCAUCCGCAUCAUGGAAGGUUUAGGUGCGGCCGCCUACAUCACGGCCAGCGCCACCAUCAUCAUGUCCGAGUUCCCGGGCCGCAUCGGCACCGUCCUGUCGUCACUAAAGACCGCCUUCAGCGUCGGUGUCAUCAUCGGGCCGACCAUUGGUGGCUUCCUUUUCGAUUUGGGCGGCUACACGACACCCUUCGUAGUCUGUGGUAGCAUCGGGUUCGUCUGUAAUUUGGUGACCUACCUCGUUAUUCCCAGCAUAGAGGACAAGCACGACAGCACCCCGACCGACCUUCGCAAGUUCUGGAGCGGGCCCCUGAUCUACAUGUACGCGGUGGCCAUCUUCGGAAGCUACGUCUGCGUGGGCUUCAAUCAGGCGACGCUGGAACCUCAUCUGAGGCCCUUCAACUUGUCCACCACGGUGCUGGGACUGGUCUUCAUGAUUCCCGGUAUCUGCAACGGUCUCAUGACUCCCGUGUGGGGCUGGCUAUGCGAUAAGAAGGUCAACACCAAGCUGCUGACCUCUAUCGGCGCCUACUUCACACUGCUGUAUCUGCUGCUGGUAGGCCCGGCGCCCUUCUUUCCAUUCAACACGAAGCUCUGGCUCGUCCUGGUGUCCAUGGCCUUCUUUGGCAUCGGCAUCGGUGGUGCCUCCAUCUGCGCAUUCAUGGCAACCCUGGAGUACACGCUGAACCGGGGUUUCGAGCGUAGCAUCGCCACCAACGGCUUGGUCUCGUCCAUGUUCACCCUCUGCCAGUCUAUCGGGUCCUUCACGGGUCCCGCUCUCGGAGGCGUCCUGCUGCAGCACGUGGGCUACGCCUGGGGCACCGUUGUGCUGUUCGGCUUUCAGGCCAUUGUGGCCGUUCUGGUGACCACCGUCUACCUUCGCGAAGUGUGCUGCAGCAGGGCCACCAUAUGCCGAUCGAAUACGCGCGGCCGACUGCUGGACGCCGACACAGCCACGAACUCGACCAGCUGCGAGUUCACGACCGUUUCGGGCCGCGUGCACAAGGCCCAGCAGCGCCAGUACGGCGCCUGCAAUGGCGACGGCCCGUCAUAACGACCCACUGUAUCCGCGCUUCCCCGCUAGGGGUCGGAGCUGUUGUUGCCACGUGAUACGCAUGCACUCACCACGCUGACGAAUCUGGCUCACAAGUUCUAUAGAAGCUGUUAGCUCUCCAAGCGUGUGACGUCUGAACUCUUGAAUCCGUUUAGUGGACCACCAUGUUGUAGGGAUGAUGUAUAAUCAAAGCAGCUAGGCCUGAUAGCGAGCUUUACUGCUGGGGACUCCAAGCCGCUUGCUUAUAUUCACGCUCCUGCCUUCCUUUGUACUCCCAGCCGCACCCAUGGAGUAUACAAAGGAACGCAAGGCCUUGCGUACGCAAGCCAUUUUGGGGCCACGGCACUGAAACUAACAGCGAGUUACUGCGUGAGUAGCGACUGUAAGGUCUUUGCCUACGUAAGAACGCUGCGUUUACGGACGCUACACCGCUAAGACGCAGUACUAAAUCACGGAUUACUCUCCGUAAAAAUAAAACAGUCAGGCUGUAAUCCUGCCAACGAUUAUUUUCAGAUCGCGUCAGCUGACCCUCGAAAAAUAUGAACAGCGGCUGGCGCAAUGAGACAUACAGUUGCGCCGUUAAAUACACCGUUUUUGGUGUUUCUGCGUUGAGACGUGGGCGUCCCAAAAUAACCCUCUGUGCUGCUUCGUUCGUCCAGACGAGGCAGAAGGGGAUGCACCGUAAUUCACUCGAAUAUUGAUUAUUCAGCAAGUGCGCGCGAGAGCACGAAUUGCGCGGACAAUUAAAACAGUUCGCUCGUUGAAGUCAUGAUCAUGCCCGACUGGAACACCUACAGAAGAAGCUGUAAGCCUCUCUCUAAUUGUUCUUUUUUUAAUUUUUAGUUUUCGAUUGAUUUUAAGAAAACUGCCCCACUUUUAGUUACAUGCGGGAGUUUUACCGAACUUGCGGUGCGAGUUACCCUUAUUUGCACCGUUCGAAGCUGUACAAAACGGGUGCCAUACUGCCAGCGUUAUACGAUCGAGUUACUUGUUUUGAAAUAAAAUUGUUUCCGAGAACUC